GCCCCUCACACACUCAUGCUCAUAGACAGACCCGUACAGCCUUAGUCCCACAAAGAAACACCAGUGGAUAAAAGAGAAAUUACAGUAGAGUAAUAUGGACGUGUAAAAGCUGGUUUUGAUGAUCACAUUGCAUUGCCAAACAGCUUUUGGGGAUAUGAACACAGUUAUUGGCACAGACAAUUCAGAAAUUCUGCAAUGAAAUCACACUCUAAGUCAGUGAUUUCAACAGUCAGGAUCUGAUUCUACAAGAGGUCAGUGGAUUUUUCAAAGACUGGGGCACAAUUUCCUGAAAAUACAUUUCUUGCAGCUUUAUCUAAAUGAAUUCAGACUCUGUUGCAAUGACAGAUCUCUUUGAAAAGAUGCAUAAACCGGAGACAGUGUGCAUCUUUGGAACGGGUGAUUUUGGACGCUCGCUGGGGCUCCGUUUGCUCCAGUCAGGAUACAGUGUUGUCUAUGGAUCCCGGGACCCUAAAAACUCUCUGUUGUUGCCUAAGGGGUCAAAGGUCAUGACUCAUGCAGCAGCAGCUUGUGAAGCUCAUGUGGUGUUCGUGGCUGUGCAAAGGGAGCACUAUGGAUUUUUGAGCUCCCUGGUUUCAGAUCUUGAAGGAAAGGUGCUGGUAGAUGUCAGCAAUAAUCUCAAGAGGGGUCUGUACCCAGAGUCCAAUGCAGAAUACCUGAGCAGGCUGGUUCCAGGGGCGACGGUAGUCAAAGCCUUCAACACCAUCUCUGCCUGGGCACUGCAGUCUGGAGGACUAGAUGCCAACAGACAGGUACUUCUCUGUGGAGACCGUUCUGAUGCUAAACAGCAAUUGAUGGACAUUGCUCAAAGUCUCGGUUUCACUGCUGUGGACAGAGGCUCCCUCCGGGUGGCUGCUGAUUUAGAAGAUCUGCCAUUGCAACUCUUCCCUCUCUGGAGACUUCCUCUCAACAUCGCCAUUUGUUUAACAGCUUUCAUAUUCUUCUACGCGCUCACAAGAGAUGUUAUCUAUGAGCGUGUUACCAAUGGUAAAGACAUUGCUUUUCGAAUAAUGAUCUCGCUGGCCAACAAGGCCUUUCCCAUCGUUUCUCUGGUGAUGCUGUCCCUCUGUUACCUGCCGGGCGCGAUGGCUGGAUUUCUGCAACUAUAUAAUGGCACCAAGUACCGUCGCUUCCCUGAUUGGUUGGAUCGCUGGAUGCUGUGCAGGAAGCAGCUAGGUCUACUAGCGCUGGCCUUCGGUUUUCUGCAUGUUCUCUACACUUUAGUUAUACCCAUCAGAUACUAUGUACGCUACAGGAUAAAUGUCUAUACUAUAUCACUGGUAAAAGAUAAUACAACCUAUGAGUUUGACAACACGGCAGCCUGGCGUUAUGACUCCUACUACUCCAUGGGAAUUCUUGGAUUUGGGCUGUUUGUCCUACUAGGAAUUACAUCCCUUCCAUCUGUGAGCAAUUCCCUUAACUGGAGGGAGUUCAGUUUCGUACAGUCUAAACUAGGCUACAUCACCCUGCUGCUCUGUACUGCUCACACAUUUUUGUAUGGCUGGGACAGAUUUUUGAAACCUUCAUCAUAUAGGUGGUGGACGCCUCCAGCAUACAUGUUGUCUCUGGUGGUCCCCUGUGUGGUCCUGAUUCUAAAGCUUAUCCUGAUCACUCCAUGCGUGGACAGCAAGGUCACCCGUAUCCGUCAAGGCUGGGAGAGACAGGGCAAGACUUUAGCAAACGGCAGAGAUACAAAGACAAACCAACCACUCAUGGCGUAACCAUCUUUAAACUUCAUGAAAACUGUGAGUUGGACUUGCCGCAUACUCUACUAAUGAUAGUGUUUUAAAAUGGUUCAAUGAAAAAGGCUGCAAUGGAAAAAGUGCAGAGAACUGAGACUAAAUUGAGCAAUUGACUUUGGACUUGACUUGGACUCAAAAUUAAAGACAACAUACAUCUUUCGGUCUACAAGAAAGGAGAAAUAUUUCCUCUUACUACAGGCAUUGGGCCUUCAUUGGCAUUCAUUAAAUAUUCGUAAAUAUAUGAGUAAAUUCUAAUUAAUUUACGAGUAAAAAAGACCUUCCCAAAAAUUCUUCUCCAGAUUCACAAAUACUCUGUAAAGUUCAGAUUUGAUCUUUAAAUUUGUGCUUGUUUUUGAGUUAGCAUAUUCACUGCAUAUUGAAUUACAUCUACACAAAUUAUGGUGUGGAUUCCUUUGAACUCUAUUCUCAGGUUUAGCAAGUUAUAUUGUAUAAAUACAUAAGAGACUAAUAGGCUAUAUGUCUAACAAUAAAUUGAAAAUUAACAUGAGUUUUUAGCUAGCGGACAUAAUGCAUGUUGCUCUUCUGAAAACGACCAGCUGGUGGUGCUUGAGAGAGCUUUGGAGGCACUGCAUUUUUCUGGAGUGACGCUUUGUUUGCUAUUAUUUGGAAUAUUCGUGGCAGUAACAUUUUAUGAGUAUCUUAUUUUGAAGAAUAUUGGUGAAUAUAAAAAUGCAGUAACCAGCAAUAUUAACUUCCCCAUUGUUGUGUUGUACAAGUACGAUGGUUGGUCAAUGUAGUGUUUGUCCCGCCCCUCCUCCACUGUGAUUGGACGGCUGUGUAAAAAAAGGGACAGUGACGAGCUCUGCAUUCUACCAAAUGUAAAAGAGUAAAAAAUGACAGUACAAAUUAGCUUGUUAAAUAUCAAUAUAAUACAUAAAAAUGCAGUGUCAUCAGUUUGUCUAAAAGAAUACAAAACAUUUGAAUGUUUUAUGCACCAUUGACACAUGCUAGGGAGCAGGUGCAAAUUUAUUUCGUACUAACUAACAUUUUCAAAAUAUGCACUUUUUCAUGAAUCCGAAAAAUUAAUGAAAACGACUUUCUGUAUGAUUUACAAGAAAAAAAUUCUGCUCGUGUUUUUUGGGAGGCCAAAUGGUCCCUACUUUGGCAACUGAUAAUGAAUACAAUAUUCAUUUUAUAAGAUAAUAGGUGAUAACAGUAGCCACUGAAUGAUUCUGAUUAAUUCAAGGAUUCAUUAAAAUCCCCUUAAUUUAGAAUCAAAACAAGUUAUCUUCAUGAAUAUUUCAUUGCAGUCACUCCAACGAUUCGUUCAAAACACUGAUUCAUUCAGUAACACUGAUUCAGAUAUUCCCUACUGCACAACCCACGUGUGUGUGUGUGUGUGUGUGUGUGUAGUGCAUCACAACACAACCAAUCUAUAUCAUCUGUGUUCAUGUUAGAAAGCGUCAAUGCCCUUUAUAGUAUACAAAGGCAGCAAUGAUGGGGCUGUUACUUGUCUCUUUUAUUACCUGCUUCCUCUGGGCUAUUUCCUCUCAAGAGCCUCCCAGUGGGCUUUUCCCUUUAGAUAUUAUCGAUCCAAAACUGAGCAGCAACUUACUUCUUGAUCUUUUUCUAGGUCUGGGCUUUCCUGUCUGCUCAUCUUUCUCUCUCUUGUGAAGUAUAAAGGAACUGUCAAUCACAUUGGCAUUCACUGGUGGACGCUGGCCCUUUCUGUUUAGUGCUUUUAUGAAGAAUUGCAGGCUGCUAAGAGUGUAGCUUGGACAAAAGUAGCAAGACUCAUUUUAUGACAAAUAUUUCUGAAAACCUGUGGGCGCACCUUUGAAGAAAAAUAAUAACUUCACUUAUUCAGAACACAACAGUCAGUGUGUUUAUCAAUAAUUAUUGGAUAUUCACUUUGAUUUUAUUUGUGUGUGACAUAUAUAUCAAAUUACAAAAAAAGUCAUAGCACUCUGAAAUUUAUAUUUGCAUUAUUUAAAAAAUAAUUAUUAUUAUGCAUGGAAAUUUGGAAGGUCUUAGUCAUCACUAGCAAAAUCAUGCUGAAAACACAUUUCAAAUAAAACUGUUUGUAUCUGUUUGGACAAAUUAAGGAACACUUUAUUGGUUUUAUUGAAUUGUGUUGAAUGCAAUCAAGAUGUUUGAUCAGGUUUUAGGCAUCUUAAACUGUCCCUCCUCCCUUGUUAUAACUAAAUUACAGAUGCAUGUCUAAUAUCCACUUCUGGUUUAAAGAGUGUUAUCACCUCUGCUGUCUUCUCCAACACUAGCAGGGACAGUUGUCAACUUUUUCAUUGAGCUUUGAAGAGAUUGAGGCUUGGGAGGAAUGAUUCCCCCAUCCCCAGGAGGAGCCAUUAAUCGUGACCCAGACAUACUCAAAAGCACAAUACACAUAGGAAAGAACAUUGACUCCAUUGAUUCACAAUCAAAAUGUUCCCAAAUGUAUAUAGUGUAUUCCUGUGUUGUAUGCAUGUUAUAGUAGCUUAGUUAUAACUCUCUAGAACUGUAGUGAAGCUCCAAUUAUUUGGAUCUAGACAUAUGAAUGUAUCUCUGCCUUUAUGUUUUAUAAACUGUGCAUAUAAGGUAUCAAAAUGACUGUCUUCUGAUUUCUGGAUUAAUAGUGUAUAUUAUAUCAUCAAAAUGUGCACCAUACUCUUUUUUUUUUUACCAUACUUACCAUACUGGACAGUUCUCCAGACCACCAUAAGCCAUGCAAAUAAGGUGCUGCGUGAGAGAAAGGAACCUCUCCCACCUCCACACUGGUCAGUCUGCCUGAUGGGUGUGACUGGUAGACCCUUAAAAGUCCCUUGACCUAAACCAAUCAUUGCUCAUACCCUUUGAGACACACUCUCCAAGACUCAUCAAUCUUCAAGUACCUUUGUAGAUUUGUUGUGGACUAUUUGAUCUUCAGAACUCGAUGUAACUUCCACAAUUUGUUCUUCUCUCUCUCUCUCUCUCUCUCUCUCUCUCUCUCUCUCUCCUUGCUUUCAUUCAUUCUAUAUGCUCAGUCUUGUUUGCUGUAGUUUCGUUUAUUAAAUCCCUUAUAUUCACAA